AUUACUCUGGGCGGCACUUGUGAUCUUUAUCCAUAUCAACGGUUUUGUUCCAAAACGGGGUUUCAGAAAAAAGGGCAGUGUGUACAUGCAUGCACCGGGGCGGCGGGGAAAACCAAAAGGGGCAAAGCAUAUAUAUGGGUUAUUUAUACUGGUCGGAAAGGGCCUCGCGGCUUGAUGAGAUGCAUUGAUGACUGAUCAUGAGUGCGUCUCUGCGUUUUCACAUUCUUUGGAUUCUUUCUCUCUGACACGAGGCCUGUGUUUCUAUCUCUCACUUUCAUUCUUCUCAUCAUUGUUUUAUUGGUUGCUCUUUUGGAUGGAUGGGAGCAUCACCUGGAUUUGGGAUGGGACUUGGCUUGGCUUUGUUAGGGUUCUGGACAUGGAUGGAUGGCAUGGAUGGAUGGCAUGGACUUGGGUGGAUAGUAUUUGGCAAGGGCCUGUAUUAUUUCUGUAUAUACCACAUUACAACAUACUAGUCCCUGACUAAUUGAUCACUCUUGAUCUUGAUCAUUUGGAACGAUCCGUAUUCUUUGUCACUC